CUCUCUCUCUCUCUCUCUUUCUCUCAGUAAGAUAGUGUAGCACUGGUAAUGGGUACUAACAUGAAACGCGUCUGUGUCUAUGUAUAUUUUCACAUAUAUAAAUGCGUAUAUAUACACCAGUGAGUUUCUUAAAGCUGAUUUCAGCAAAUGUUAUGCGUGACAAUAUGAGAAUAUGAAAAAAUAUUCUGAUUAAGUCUACCGAUUUAGAUAUCAAAUGAGAGGCCGAUAACAAUAACUCAGGAGGUUCAGAUAAAAACAUGUACAGGAAAGCAAAACAAAUGGAUCCUGACUCAUUUAUUCGGAAUACCUGAUGAUAUACAUAUAUUAAUCAACAUUAGAAUAUCAUUCAACUAGCUGAGUAAUUUCAAAUACCUAUUGCUACUGAAUAUAUAUAUAUAUAUAUAUAUAUAUAUAUAUAUAUAUAUAUCUGCACCUUACAUAUCACCAGUUUAUUAUUUAAUUCUAGCAGCAAGACCGUAGGUGGAUAAUACGUGAAAUAGCAAGUUAGAGCAAGCCAUGGCCGAUUCAAUCCGAAAUUCUCCGUGUAUGGUUUUCAGAUUACUAUGUUAUAUUUACUGUUUAUAUUACUUUUUCAUGUGAAAUUAUUAAGGGAGCUCCGUAAUUAACUUUAUUGCAUUUAUGAUAAGGCAUUGAUGUUAGGAUUCUUCAUGAAUUCAAAAUGAAAAGGAAUAUAUAUGUAAAGAAUACUAUCCUAUUUUAUAAGAAUACUUGUCCUAUUUUAUAAAGAAUUUGAAUGGCCCGAAAUUCCAUAAACAAGGCACUUUACCUAAUCAACAGUCAACAUCAGUUGACUAAAUUGAUAGUUAUACCAAUGAAUAAUAGCAACCAACUGAGUUGGCCGUCAUGUCAGUAAUCAAAACUAAUAAACCAAAUCGGAAACUAUGCUAAAUAAUCAAUAAUGCCACAAAACAUCGUGAAACAACUUGUCCAAAAGCUACGACAGCAGCGACCGUUAUCGUGCCUCCGCCAACCCGCACUCAGUAGUAAACAAACAGACGAAUUUUCGGGGACACAAGCCGUCGUCAUAAUGCAGAAAUAUGAGAAAUUAGAAAAGAUUGGCGAAGGUACAUAUGGCACUGUGUUUAAAGCGAAGAAUAGAGAAACACAAGAAAUCGUAGCACUGAAAAGAGUUCGUCUGGAUGAUGAUGACGAAGGCGUACCAUCAUCUGCACUUCGGGAGAUUUGCUUAUUGAAAGAGCUGAAGCACAAGAACAUUGUACGUCUGCAUGAUGUGCUACACUCCGAUAAAAAGCUGACAUUAGUUUUUGAGCAUUGUGACCAGGAUCUCAAGAAAUAUUUUGACAGUCUCAAUGGUGAAAUAGAUCCAGACAUAGUAAAAUCCUUCAUGUAUCAACUUUUACGAGGACUUGAGUUUUGUCAUAGUAGAAAUGUUCUUCACCGAGACCUGAAACCCCAAAAUCUUCUCAUCAACAAGAAUGGAGAAUUAAAGCUGGCUGAUUUUGGCUUAGCCAGAGCUUUUGGUAUACCUGUACGUUGUUAUUCUGCGGAAGUUGUGACACUCUGGUAUCGACCUCCAGAUGUUCUCUUUGGAGCAAAGUUAUAUAAUACUUCAAUCGACAUGUGGUCUGCUGGCUGUAUAUUUGCUGAAUUGGCCAACGCUGGCCGACCACUUUUUCCCGGAAGUGACGUGGAUGACCAGCUCAAGCGCAUCUUUAAGCUCUUGGGCACGCCUACCGAGGACACCUGGCCUGGCAUGACCUCACUGCCGGAUUACAAGACAUUCCCCCUCUACCAGCCCACAAUGACACUUGCUCAAGUCUGUCCAAAGCUGAGUAGCAAAGGAAGAGAUCUCUUACAGCGCUUGCUCAUCUGCAAUCCUGCAGUUCGAAUGAGUGCUGAAGAUGCGAUGGCUCACUCAUACUUUGCCGAUCUCUCAACUUCUAUUCGCAAUGGUUAGAAGCAGUAGGGACAAAGAAACUCUACUGGAUAAGUGAACAUGGGUGGAUAUAAGUUUUUCACAUUAUUGAAAAAUUAUUGUAAAAGAGAACUUUAUCUUUAUAUGAGUAGUGUAUAGGAAGACAAUAGAUUUGUAGGUUUUGAAGAUUCCGGGUUGGAAGAGAAUUGCCAAAAGACCUUUCUUAAUUAUGUUUUAUAUUGAAUGCAAUUGAAGAUUUUGUUUUGCCUUCUUCUUCUUCUUGUUCUUUGUCUUAUCCUUUUUCAUCCCUUUUUUAUUUUACUCUUUCUUAUAAGAGGUUUGAGUUAUGAGGUAAUGAGAAAGUAUAUCCCCCCUCCUGUAUCAGGAACUGUGUGCGUCUGUGUGUGUGUUUGUGUGAUGUUUGGGACAUCUAGUGUGUCCUCUUAAUGUCAUUCUCAUUUUAAACACAACAGAAAAUAAAACGUAAGGGGACAGUCUAUCCAAUUUGUGGUAAAUAUUUUUAGUUUUGGUAAUACUGAGAUGUAUGCAUUUUUAUACUUUUCAGCCUAAUCUACCUGCCCCAAGCUUGCUAAGCCUCCCUUGAUUUUUUUAAGGGUGUUUUACUCCUUUGAAUUGACCCCCCCCCCCCCCCCCAAGAUAAAAAACUUUGGGUUUCUUUGAAAAAUGGGUUAUUCUGCAGUGCUUUGUUCAUAUAUUAUAACAUAUGUGGGGUAAGUUUAGAAGCUUAUAAAAUUUUGCAUGAAGUGAUGCCGUUAUCAUAUACAUUUGGAAGUAUUUUAAUGUGUAAGAAUUUUUCUUUUCCUAUACAAGAAUAGUAAUUGAGCUGUUCCACAAAAUAUUAAGCUUUGACUUUUUCUUUUCUUUUCUUUCUUUUUUGUGUAAGUCUGGGAACUUUCAGCCUUGAAAGAGCAGCCCUGAGCUUGCUAAGCUCUCCCACACACACUUUUUAAAACUGCCAAAAAGAACAACCUUGUUCAAGCUUACCACCAAAAUCAUAUUGUUUUACUAGACAGUGGUUAUUGUACUUUUUUUGUAUGUGUGUAUAUAUGCUCUUAUCCUUUUUGCAGACUUAGGAUAGCCUACAGUCCUUUAUAUAUUUCUCUAUAUAUAGGUAUGUAUACUUCAAAUGCAAAGAUAAUUUUUCAUGUUGUCUUUUUUUUUUUUUACUAGAAAGUAGUUUUUGACAUAGGAAGUUGGGACUUGGCCCAUUUCAUUCUAGAAUACAGUGGGAAGAGCUCCUCGAUCCCACAUGCUUUUUUUUUUUUUUCAUAAUUUCAGAAAUGCAAAAUUUUGGAGAGCUAUAACACAUAACACUGGGAAAGUGUACCAUGGAGGAAUCAUUUAUUCUAGAAUGAAGGAACCAGACCCUAUCCUCCCAUGUCAAAAAUUGCUUCACAUUUUGCUCCCCAGUUCCAGUCUCUAUUUUCACUAAUUUUACCAUGAUUCAAAAACUAGUGGUCUGAUUUCUUUCUUUUUUUCUUUCUUUCUUUCUUUCUUUCUUUCUUUCUUUUUUUCUUAAUUACCUGUGGGAGUAUUAUAAGGUAAGAAGUAAAAGAUGAAAAGCACAAGCCACAUUUACCAGAAUACUAAAAAUUUGGGAAAAGGUAGACUGUCCCCUUGAGUUUGAAAAAAAACCCAUAGAAACUGAGAAGAGGAGAAAUAAAAAGCAUGAUGAUAAUGAAAUCUGUGCUCUAGAUAGUGACAUAAAAAGCCAGAGUUGACUUAGAAGAGAUUCUCAAGAGGCAACGAGAUGAAACGUUUUACCUCAUGUUGUUAGUCUCUGUGCUCAAGGAAAAAAAGCAGUAUAAGAUUAAUUUAAAACAAUGAAAAGUUGUAAGCUGCUGUUAUCAAUUUGAUCAAGGUUACAUUUGCAGAUGGUUUUCUCUUAAAUUAAUAGAGCAGAACAGUGCUCCCAUAUUUGACAGUCCUUAGUAAUAUUGCUAUAGUAAUAACAUCAGUACCUAUAAUAUAUAUAUUAUGGUACCAAUUUUGUGUUGAUAGAGCAUUGAUCUCACAAAUACCAGUCCUUAUUAAUAUCCAACACUCAGCCAUACUUCUUUUACAGGCCCAACUUGCCAUUAUUAAGCUUUCUGUGUAAAUCAGCUAUUUUAUAUCCCAUUUUUCUCUUCAGUUAACUAAAACUUCUAAGAAAAAUGACUUAUCUAACCAUAUUGAAAACACCAAAUUAACCUAAACAUUUUGUCUGAAUCUAAUCCUUUAUUUUUUAUUGUGCAACCAUUAAAUUCAAUUCAUUUUUCUGAAAAAUGAGAGUAAUUGCCAGUGAGUUAAAAGAGUAAUAGGUAUAAGGGUGGUCCACAUCAUUUGUCACAUUGCAGUACUUUAUUUUUAUUUAUUUAUUUAUUUUAUUUUAUUUUUUAUUUAUUUUUUUUACGUUACUAAAUCUAUUGCAAAAAUCAUGUAAUUUUAGAUUGAUUACCUUUGGUUUUGGCUAAAAGAUUAUGCAGUGGCACGUGAUUUGGUUGUUGCAACAGAAUGUUGUUGUG